AUGGGAGGCUGCUUUUCGUGGGAAGACCCUUUUCACAGAAGAAUCCUGCUGGUUGUGAUGUUGCUGCUUGUGCUGCUGUGUCAUAGUGUUUGCCAGGCAUAUUCCAUGAAUUGCAGCAUACGUUUCGAUCCUCUCCCUAUUUCUCAUGAGUUUUACCUGCCGGGAGACCUGGUCAUCAGUGAAAUUGUUUCUCAGGUCUUCUUGCUCUACAAUCUCCUCUCUUUCAUGGAACAGCCGACACAGAUUGUGAUUGAUGAGCCAAUUUCAGUGCCAAAGAACUACCAGCACAUCCUGGCCUUGGCAUUUGCUGUCAAAGAGAUCAAUGAAAAUCCCAACAUUUUAUCGAAUCUCUCUCUGGGAUUUCACACCCUCAAUAGCUACUACACUGCAAAGACGACCUACAAGGCCACCCUCAGCCUCUUUUCUGCACAGCAGCGCUUUGUCCCCAACUUCAAGUGUCACAACCACAACAACCUGAUAGCUCUGAUUGGAGGAUGCAUCUCUGAAAUCUCUGCCAACGUGGCCGUCAUUUCAGCCAUCUACAAGACUCCACAGAUGGUCCCAAAUGAAGCCCAACAGCACAUCGGGGUUGUGCAGUUACUCAAACAUUUUGGAUGGACAUGGAUUGGGCUCUGGGCUGUGGAUGAUGACAAAGGGGACAGGUUUUUGCAGACAAUGGUCCCAAUGCUUGAUGAAAACAGCAUCUGUUAUGCCUUCAUCAUGAGAAUACCAAAAUGGAAUUAUGUAGAUGAGAUGAUAAAAUAUGUUUUACAACGUGUAGAAUACUAUUCAACUGUCUUCAGGGAGAAAGCCAAUGUGUUUUUUGUAUAUGGAGAACCACCAUCCUUUCAGGUUUUGAGAAUGCUCAUUUUUGUAGCACCAUUCGUGGAAUUGCCAUUCCGGGGCAAAGUCUGGAUUGUUACAUCUCACUGGGAUUUUGCAUCACACUCUAUUCAAAAGAAUUGGGAUUUACAAACCUUCCAUGGGUCCAUAUCUUUCACAGUUCACUCAAAUCAGCCUGUGGGUUUCCAAAAGUUCCUUCAGAUGGUAAGACCUUCGUGGUUCAAAAGAGAUGGCUUUAUUCAAGACUUCUGGGAACAGGCUUUUGACUGUUUCCUAACAACGUCCAAGGAGUGGGAAGGAGAGGAGAAUAAAACCUGCACUGGGGAAGAGAAUCUGGAGAGUCUUCCUGGAGAUAGUGGGUUGCCUGCAGAGGAGGGAGCCCAAGAUGAUCAACGGUUGAGGGAGUUGCGUACAUUUAGCCUCGAUAAGAGAAGAGUGGGAGGAGAUGCGAUGGCCAUCUUCAGCGGCCAGGUCCAUAAAUUUCUACGGAGCAUCGUAUUCAACAACAGUGCUGGAGAUAUUGUGCACUUUAAUGAAAAUGCAGAAUUAGUUGUAGGUUUCGAUGUUACAAACUGGAGGAUUUACCCCAAUGGUUCAGUGAUUAGAGCCAAAGUUGGAAAACUGAACCCUCAGGCUCCUUUUGGCAAAAAGUUAACCAUUCAUGAUGAUCAGAUUGUGUGGCAUAAAAGCUUUAAUCAGGGGCUGCCAGUUUCUGUGUGCAACGACAACUGCUAUCCCGGCUCCAGCAGGAAAAAGAAGGAGGGAGAGAAAUUCUGCUGCUAUGAUUGUUUUCCAUGUCCAGAAGGGACGAUCUCUAAUCAGAAGGAUAUGGAUGCCUGUGUCGAGUGCGCAGAAGAAAACUACCCAAACCAGGACCAAACAGGGUGUAUUCCAAGGGGCCUGAGCUACCUCUCCUACCAAGAAAAGUUAGGGCUCAGCUUAGCUGUCUCCGCUCUGGCUUUCUCCCUGAUCACCACGUUCGUGCUGGCGACUUUUGUGAAGCACAAGGACACUCCCAUCGUCAAAGCCAACAACCGCAGCCUCACCUACCUCCUCCUCAUCUCCCUCCUUCUCUGCUUCCUCUGCUCCUUGCUCUUCAUUGGUCAGCCUGGAAAAGGGACCUGCCUCUUCCGACAAAUGACUUUCAGCAUCGUCUUCUCGGUGGCCCUUUCCAGUAUUCUGGCCAAAACCAUCACCGUGGUUCUAGCAUUCAUGGCAACCAAGCCAGGAUCCAGAAUGAGGAGAUGGGUGGGGAAGGGGCUGGCCAAUUGCGUGGUCUUUUCCUGCUCUUUCCUUCAAGCUGGCAUUUGCACCCUUUGGCUGAGUGCUUCCCCUCCAUUCCCAGAUACAGACAUGCAAUCACUGAAGAGUGAGAUCAUCCUGGAAUGCAAUGAGGGUUCAGCUGCCAUGUUUUAUUGUGCUUUGGGCUAUAUGGGUUUUCUGGCCAUUGUGAGUCUCCUUGUGGCUUUCCUGGCCAGAAAGUUACCUGACAGUUUUAACGAGGCCAAAUUUAUCACGUUUAGCAUGUUGGUUUUCUGCAGUGUUUGGCUGACCUUUGUUCCAACCUACCUGAGCACCAAAGGGAAAUACAUGGUAGCCGUGGAGGUCUUCUCCAUCUUGUCCUCCAGUGCUGGGUUACUGGGUUGCAUCUUUUUCCCUAAAUGCUACAUCAUUGUGCUGAGGUCUGACCUGAACAACAAGGAAAGCCUAAUAAGGGGAAGAAAAUAG